GUAGAAGUUGUAGCUGCUUCUACUCUCGUUGAAGCGGGUGAUGUACCAUCCCCGUUUCAAGAGAUGGCCAAAGCUAUUGACUCCUUAGUCACCCCGUAUCUGGGGCGGAUGCCUUAUCUGGGGCGCUUACACCCGGACCCAACUAUACUUUGUACGUUGGAUGUGUCAGAGGCCUUAGAGGACCUUCAAGGUGAGUGGCCGGCAAGGGACCCUCGUGAGUCCUGGGUGGCACUGAGUAGAGGUCCUAGAGGGGAGCACUUCGUUGUGGAAGUUGAUGUGGGCGGUCGCAAGUGCGGCACCUUCGUAAACAUUGGCUCCACACGAAAUUUCAUAAGUCACGACUGCGUUGACAGACUGUGCCUAAAGGACCGGGUGCAGCGCCUUAGUAGACCGGUAGCAUCUACUUUGGCCAACAAAGAGCGCAUCAUGGUGGAGGACUACAUUAAAGAUGUAGUCUGCACCUUCUCCUACCCAGGAGGAGAGAUAAACCACAAGAUAUCAUUCCUGGUGAGCGACGAGUUGCCCUUUUACAUGUUAUUGGGCAUGUACUACCUCGAGGUUGCCAAGCCCCAAAUUGACUGGGACAAGAAGGUGUUGAAGCAUGAGUCGCCUAGUGGGAGAACCGUGAGACUGGCCAAGUACAAAGCCAGUAGGUUAGUAGACUCCUAUGGGUGCUUAUGUGCAUCUGCCUUUUAUAAUUAUUAUAAACAGAACCAAGAGGAAGGAAUGUAUUUAGUCUAUGUCUCUGCAAAAGGGGAGGCCGUUAAAACACCCCUAGAGAUAGAGACCAUCGUCGCUAAGUACCCAGAUCUGUUCGAGGAGCCUACAGGAGUUGUAGACAGGGAGAUUGUCCACGCCAUAGAGAUUAUCCCAGGAAGUAAAACACCUAAGGGUAGAAUCUAUAGGAUGGCUCCAGCCGAGUUGGACGAACUUCGGCGGCAACUGAAAGAGCUCACAGAGAAGGGUUGGAUUCGGCCUAGCACUUCCCCCUUUGGCUUACCAGUAUUGUUUGUUCCAAAGAAAGGGGGAACACUAAGGAUGUGCAUUGAUUAUAGAGGCCUCAAUGCCAUCACCGUUAAGAACGCAGAGCCUCUACCACGCAUCGACGACCUAUUGGAUACGGUGCARAGGUGUAAGUACUAUACAAAGAUAGACUUAAAAUCCGGCUACCAUCAGAUCGCCAUAAGACCAGAGGACCAGAACAAAACCGCAUUUCAGACCAGGUACGGUCUGUACGAGUUUGUGGUGAUGCCUUUUGGCCUUUGCAAUGCGCCGAGUACAUUCCAGCACGCCAUGAAUAGGAUCAUCCAUGACUACUUAGACAAGUUUGUUGUCGUGUACCUCGACGACAUACUUAUCUUUAGUAGAUCUGCCGAGGAGCAUGCUGAGCAUGUAGACAAAGUACUUUCACUCCUUCGGCAGCACAAGUAUAAGAUAAACUCUGAGAAAUGCGAGUUUGGUCGCACUCGAAUCUUGUACUUGGGUCAUGAGGUAUCCGCGGAUGGAAUUAGGCCCGAAGAUGCGAAGGUGGCUAGCAUUCCUUUCAAGCGUUUGAAGCAUGCUCUCACGCAUCAUGAGGUUCUCAUGGUACCCGACCCGCAAAGGCCGUUCGUCGUAACCACUGACGCAAGCCAAUAUGGGAUUGGCGCAGUGCUGGCUCAACAGGAAGGGAAGAAGUUGAGACAGAUCGAGUACAUGAGCAAAAAGAUGCCUUCAAAGAAGUUGGCAAAGUCCACCUACGAGAGGGAACUCUACACUCUUUACAAGGCACUUGUCCACUGGAGGCACUACCUGUUAGGAAGGUUCUUUUACUUGAGAACUGACCAUCAGACACUCAAGUGGAUCAAGACUCAACCAGUUCUCUCUGAUGCACUCAAACGCUGGAUUGAAGUCAUAGAUCAAUAUGAUUUCAAACUAGACUAUUUGAAGGGAGAGUACAACAAGGUUGCACAUGCGUUGUCUAGGAGGGCAGACUACCUAGGUGCGCUGAUUUCUGAGUUUGGUUUGUCUGAGGAUGUGACUCGAUUGUUGGAUGAAGCCUACAAGGAAGAUCCCAUCACAAUGGACAUCAUCAACAAACUACAGGCUGAAGCAGGGUUCAAGAGGUUAGUUGUUCCAUCUGGAGAGACUUUGCGUAGUUUAUUUUUAGGUGAGUGCCACGACGCAAUGGGACACCUCGGCUAUAAGAAGACGAGUGUUAAUUUAGUACAGCGAUUCUGGUGGCCCAACAUGCUUGACGACGUGAAGAAGUACGUGGAGACCUGUCAGGUCUGUCAGCGGGACAAGCCGCGGACUCAAGCUCCGCUUGGGUUACUCAAGCCUUUACCCAUUCCUGCUGGCCCAGGGCAGAGUAUCUCCAUGGACUUCAUGGAUAUUCUUGUGACCAGCAAGAAUGGCAAGAGGCACAUCUUCGUCAUAGUGGAUAGGUUCACUAAGUACGCUAGACUAAUCGCCAUGCCAAAGACUGCUAGGACUGAGCACGUCAUCAAGUUGUUGGACAACUGGGUGCAUGAUUUUGGAUUGCCUAAGACUAUCGUUAGUGAUAAAGACGUCCGUUUCACUAGUGAGAUGUGGAAGAAGGCCGCUGAACAGAUGGGCAGCCAGCUUCAAAUGACUUAUGGGAAUCAUCCCGAAGCAAAUGGACAGGCUGAACAAAUGAACCGAGUGGUGCAGCAUCUGCUGAGGCAUUACAUCAAGCCCAUCCAAGAUGACUCAGAUGAGAAGUUACCUCUCAUCGCCAGUCUGUACAACAACGCUGUACACAACACCAUCGGAGUCAGUCCUAACCAACUACAUCUGGGAUGGAAGCCUGGAUAUGCUCUAGACUUCCUCCUGCCUGAAAAUCGAACUGCUGCAACCCUUGGAACCAUCGAAUUUGGUGUCCAGUAUGAGAAACUGUUGCAGCAGAUUGUCGAACACAUUAAGAAAUCUCAGGAGGUCAUGAUUGCUUCUGAGAACAAGCGUCUUCGACAGUCCACAUUUCAGGUAGGGGAACGUGUCUGGGCCAAGGCUAGUGAACUGGGACAGGAGUUUGGCAUCUCUAGGAAACUAAUGCCUCAAUAUUUCGGUCCCUGGGAAGUCCUAGAUAUCGUGGGGAAUGAUUUGGAUGGUCCCUUGUACGUUAUUCGUAUCCCUGGUCACUUACACACUUACCCUGUUUUUCACGCUUCCAAACUUGCACCUUUCGCUGAACCAGCACAGUUCCCAUCACGGAGAUCUAUGCUGCCCCCAACCAUGGAUGGCCACGUGGACGUCCACGACAGCCUGGAUCACAGAGAUACGCCUAUUCCUAAGCCACCUGGCAGGGAAAGACCUCCCAAACCUGCGAGGGAAUACAGAGUACAUUUCAGGCAUCAUACAGAUCCGAAGGAAGAUCGAUGGAUUUCAAGGGAGGAACUUGUCAAGACAACUCCUCAGAUCGUGGCCGAUUAUGAGAAAAGACUGAAGGGGAAGGCACCAGCAUGAAGCAUCUCAGCGGACUCUCGAAGCUAAGGGGGAUGAAAUGUGAGGAACAAGCCCUCAAGUGGCCCUUUCAAAC